GGUGCGGUGUGUGAUCGUGCGUGCGAGUGUGUUAUCAUCGUGACUACUGCGACCACCCAGUGCCGAUACCGAGAAGAAGCCGAUACAAACUUCGCUGGUUCUGGUCGCCGCAAUAAACAAAGCAACCUAUGAGCCAAAUUUUCGGUCGUCUUUCAAGACGAGAACAAUCUUUUGAAUCAUCACGACGCGUCACCCAUCAGCCCCCGGAAUCCAACAUUGCGUGUAACAUACGGAUGAACCCGACGACGAUCGUCUGGGGCAUCGUCUUCUCUCCUAAACCAUCCAAGUUGCCAGCAGCAGCAGCCGCAUCUCUCAUCAGUUGCUGCAAAGUGGAAAGUGUUGGAACACAAACGCGCUGGUUGUGGUUUUGGUCUCCGAUCGCCUGAAGUGGCCCCCGUGUAUAGUGCUGUGAACGGUUCUAGAAUGAACCAUUUCGAUGUGAGCAAAACUCCGGACCUGAUGAUCGAGGAUUCUACUACGAGCUCACGCUGUAACCGCGACUCGCGAGGGCGAGCGCGAGCGCACGGGCAUCUGCCAUCAUCAUCGCGCACGCUGAACUGAAACGAUUGGCAAACCCUUUUAUAGGCGCGCACCACAAGCGCACAGAGAGCGAGACCCAAGGGGCUCGCUUAUCAAAAACCCAUAAAACCCGGUGGACUAGGGAAAAAAGGGGAGCAAGAGGCGACAGGAGCGCCGCCGCCGCCGCCGCCGCGGUAUGUGGCCGAGGGAUUAGAAGAGGGAAGAAGCGGCAUAGAAAAGCAAAACAAACGCAAGACACAGCAGCAGCAGCAGCAGCAGCGGCGACAGUAGAGCAGUCCGGACCGCGGGCGUGCGCGCAACAUGUGGAGGUUAUCAUUUUGGCCCGGACCCGGAACCCAUCGGACGCGCACAUGCUUAGGAGAGUGAGCCACCAGCGAGCCUGUGCUGUGGCGCAACAGUGCCAGUGCCAGUGCCAGUGCCUGUGUUUAGUCCGGGAUCGACACAUCACACAAUCCACAUCUCCCUCCGGGUACGAUCAGCGCAAUUAGAACUGACCACCCGAUCGCGCGCCAGCCUGUGAGUGAUUCUCAGUGUUUUUAGACUCCAAAAUCCACGUGUUGUAGGAAUUCUCGUCGCCAAUCGUGGCGCGUAACAAGGAAGAGACAUCAUCUAGGUCAUCAGACAUCGUGUGUGGAACAGGAAACGAUCUACUACUGCAGGAGAGAGGUAGUAGAGGCGUAAUUUGUGUGUGGAAACGUUACCAGCCGCAGCCGCCAGCACGCUUCCAUGUCAGUUACCAGCGCAACGCCCACAUUUCGCUCCCGAACCGAACGUGGUCGAGUGUUUUAACAGCCACCCCGAGACUGAGACCACCAGAAAACCAUCAAAGCAACAUCAAAAGCUGCAUCCUAGUUGGCAGGAAUUGGAGUAAAAAGAAGCUUUGGAAAAAGAUCUCAUCGUCUAUAGGAUGCGGAAGAAAUUCGUUCAAACGUUGGCAGCCCGACAGCGGGAACAGAAUGCGGCGGACCACCAUCACCACGCAACCCGGAUAGCCGAUCCGCACGUUAUCCGGCGACAUGAAAUGAUGGACGAGCUGGAGAAGCAGCACCAAUCGCCGCUGCAUGAUUUGCUGCACCUUCAGCAGCAGCAACAGCAUCAGCAUCAGCAACUGCACCACCAGCAACAGCAUCUGCACCUCCAAGUCCAGCUGCAGCUACAGCUGCAGCAACAAAAGAAGCAACAAAAAGAACAGCAACAGCAGCUGCAUCCGGAGGAUGAUGAAAUCAUCGAAAUACUGGAUGACGAUCAGGAGGUCGAGCUGAUGAUGGAGCGACACCGGAAGUACCAUCCGCGGAAGUACGUGAACCUGCAGCAGCCACCGUCCAAGAUCUACUACGACAAGCUGGACGACGGUCUAGGGCCAAUCGGUGGCGAUAAAGACGAUCUGCAGGAGGAUGAAGAUGAGGAGGAUGACGAGCGGAAUCAGCUGGUGAUUGAUUGUCCGUCGCGCGGUCUUACCAACGAUCGGUCGAUGGACGACAGUAGCGGUAAAAAGGAGGACGAAAGAAGUAGUACUACGGCAGCGUCGGAUCGAUUGAAUCGAUCGGAUCCUGCCUCGGAACGAUCGGAUCCGAACAUUAGUAUCUCCUCGACACGAUCGACAACACCACCACCAGCAGCACGGGGUACAGUGGCACCAGCAUCGGAACCACAAACGGCGCCACUAGCUCCACCACCACCACCAGUGCCAUCCGGUGACGCGCGUGCCAGCUCGCUGCGUUACCCAUUGCAACAUCCGGCUCAGGAUCAUCGGCCACUGCAGGAUUCAUACCCGGGAAGCAUACUGUCGGAAGUCCGCAAACCUACUCCGAGGAGGGAUGACUUCCCGAAGCGACGGAUGUCAGUGAUGGUACCAUACUCGGAGCGGCUCACACGUGAGCGACAUCAAAGCCGCAUGCACCAUUAUCCCUACGAUCGGUACGUACCGUCGGAGUACGAUCUAGCGGUGCCGGUGUCAUCGAGCGUUGCUCAGUUGAGGCGAAAGGAGGAUGAGCGGUGCUACCGUGCCGUUGAACCACCGGAACCAUCGCCGGAAACAUUCUACUCGAUACCGGGACCACCUCCCGCGAGAGGUGACUACGGAGAACCACCGGCCAAAAGAAAAUCCGCCUUUUCACCGCCACGUGACUACGAACGAAGGCAUCGGUUGAGUGAUGGAGGUACAAAGAUGCGUACUGCCGCUACUGGUGGUGGUGGUGGUGUUGGUGUUGGGUCAUCUGCUGCUAUCUCUCCCGAGAUCGUGGUGACACCGCGUCACUCCCUAUACUACCAGCACCAUCCGGCACAGUUGCCACUAUAUCAGUAUCCGUUCGCGCAGCUCGAAGACUGGUAUCGUAGCGGUAUUCCUCCGGUACCGCCAGGGAUUCAUCUGCUAUCGCCGGUUGAGCAGCAGACAUACCUAGCGUACUAUCACAGUCACCUCAGCAAACUGGCCUACCUCCAGCAACAGCAACAACAGCAACAGCAUCAACAACAGCAACAUAAUCCGUACCACCAUACCAGUGAUUCGUCGUUGCUGAGUACGGCACUGACGUCAGUAUCACCUGGUACCGGAAACCAUCAUCAGCAUCAACAGCAGCACAACAUCCUGCACCAGCAGCAUACUAUACCGGCGACAAGCUAUCCUCCGCCUCAGUACGGUUUCGCCAAGACUGAUCCUACGCACUAUAGUAAUGCGCCCCUCGAUUAUUCCAUGUAUCCGGGCAUCGUUCUACCACCAGGGACCACCCUGACCGUGAACCCAAGGGAUCCUUCACCAAUCGAGAGAAGUGGCAAACCCAAGAUGCUUUCCCCAAUAAAACCGGUGGCAGUAGUAUCGUCGUCCACGGCGCCAUCUACCUUGCCCAACAAGGAACCAACCCGCUUGCUGCCCGAGAUAGUACGACCAACGGUAAUAAAUCAACCGUCAAGACCACCGCCAUCAUCGCUGGACCUUGAGUCAUAUCCUCUAAUGAACGGAAUCGUAACAACUGCUGCCACCACCUCCACCACCACUACCACCGGUACCGUUCCACAACAUCCUCCACCACCGUCUAGUGCCACGAGACCGAUAGCGUUGCGGCCAAGUCCGGUCGUACCAUCAACCUUACCGGCGCCAUCACUCCCAGUGUUACUGACGCAGCUGCAACGACCAACGAUCAUACAAUCGUCAAAAACGGCGCGAAGCAGUGGCGUCGGCCAUGAAGGAAGAUCGCCACAGAAGCGAUCCUUAUCACCCGAUAUACCGGUACCAGUGGCGGCGGUACCGACCACCAACACUACCACCACCACUACCGUCCUUAAUCCUACUCCUACCGGUAAAGUGAGGAAAUCGAGCGAACCGUACCGGGGACGGGGGUCAGCGACGACCCCAACAACUACUGCACCAAAGACUCCGGGCAGCCGACCACGAGGUCGUCCACCGGGGCGACAAAACAAUGCCACCUCAUCCACCAACCGAACAGCGGCCAAAUCCGGCUCCAGUGCUGCGGUACCAUCAUCCACCAAGCAACCAGUCGCGACAGCGUCAGACAAAUCAUCUCGAAUGAACUCGUCCUCACGAACCAAUCCCCCCAAUAGCAAUAAUGGGAUCAACAGCACCAGCAGUAGCAGCAGUAGGAGCAGCAGCAACCAUGCUCGUAGCAACAUGCUCACUGGUACUUCCCACAUACCGGUCGGGUUGCCUAGUACGGAAGCGCGGUUACAUCGGAUGCGGCACGAGAUUCAGUGUUUCCUGCAGCAUCGCCGCCAGGACAUCAUCAAGACGAUGCGGCUGUACUCGCUCGGGCAGAUCGAGCACGAGGUGCUGCUGCACAAGAUGCGCAGCCACAGUAUCAACUACCGGGACUUUGUGCACGUAGCGUUCGCGCUGAUGAGCAAGUGUGGCCAGAAAGUGUUUGCCCAGCAGCCACCGUCCGAGCACGAGUACCGGUGGCCAACGGGGCCUCCGCAGACGAUUGCCGAUUACUUUGCGAAGAACGAACAGUGCGGGAGCGCCGAGUACGUGCGCGAGUACUUCGAUCUGCUCGUGCUGAUCGUGGACAAUCUGCUGCACCAGUUCGCCGAGCCGCUCGAAUGCUUUCUGCUCACCCAUGUGCUCGGCUUGCGGGUCAAACACCGAGUCUAGGGGGCCUGAUUGAUAGGUGAUAGCGGUUCGAUGACACACACUAGGAUCAGACAGUAUGUUCGCUUACGUUAAGGUUAGGGAAUGAAUUAAGAAUUCUGAUUGCCGAUUACUAUGAUUUUGACUCCCUUGCACGCUUCAUUUGCGUUUCUCGUUAGCGCAUUUCGAAUACAUUUUUCUCGCCCCUCCUCACUUCGAAUACCCCGCAUCUCGAUGGGCCAAUUAAUUAUGAAUAACGUGCACGUACACAAGGCUUGCUCUAAGUAGCUGAUGAUCGGCUGAGAGGAGAGAAGACUACUUUAGAUAUGGUAGCUUUAGCUACGAGAUGGUGUCCUACGUGUGGCGCUAUUCAAGUGAUAUUUCAAACCCGAAUUCAGCGCCAAUUUAAAAAAAAAGUCUGUCUCUAGGUCUUAGGCUAGAUCGAAGAAGCUUAUUAGAAGAUAGUUACCUGCGCCUUAGAGCGCCGUACCGAAGAUAGAAUAACGUUUAGUUUGUAAUGUUAAGCGAAAUGUUCAACCUGUGUGAGUGUCUUAAGCACCGUGGGUGACUUAAUCGAAUC